AUGGAGGGUGGCGGCGGGAGCUGGGGUUCGUACCCUCGAUUUCAAGGAAUCGAGGGUUUGGAGUCUACUGAGGUUUCUGCUUUCUCCCGCCGUGAUCAACCUACCCCAUCCCCGGAGUUUAAUUCCAGUCCGGAUGAUGGACGACUUGAAAGUCUUGAGCAUCAUGAUGUAAACGGUACUGGAGCUGGACAGAGAAGCCUAGGGAAGACUGAAUUGGAAGACACCGAUACUGGACUAAGGAAUGACGAGAGAACUGAAUCGAAUGCUGGCCUCCAGAAGCACGGGAAAUACUUCUAUUAUGACUUACCUCACUAUGAGGAAACUGGGCCAUGGAUACCAGUUUCUGUUCCACCUAGGUUAGAAGGAGAACAGGAAGAAUUAGAUAGAGAUUUCUGCCCAAAUGGUGGAUAUUUGCCUGAAAGUGACUUGGGAUGGAGUCAAUUCAUGGGAGGGGAAAAGGAGCUGACCAUGUGGGAUGUAGUACACGAGCUGUUACUUGCUGCUCGUGGUAAAGUGACCGCUAUAGCUUCGGGCGAUCUUCAGAAAUGUAGCAUUUCCUGGAUAUCAAACAAUCUUCUAGAACAAGCUUGGCAAGAGAUGGCUCAAACUCUUACGGAGGCUAAUUUUGGUAACCUGAGGGAAAUUCUUGAAGCCGAGCCACCACGGUGGUUGGCUGACAGCACUGCCUCUUCCUGUAUGCUCUGUGGUGUGAGGUUUCAUCCAAUCAUGUGCUCGAGACACCAUUGCAGGUUCUGUGGAGGAAUAUUCUGUGGUCAGUGCUCAAAAGGAAGGAGCUUGAUGCCAACAAAGUUCCGCACCGGGAAUCCCGAACGCGUAUGCGAUGUCUGCAAUGUAAGGCUUGAGUCGGUCCAACCAUAUUUGAUGGAUCAAGUUAGCCAUGCUGCCCAGUUGCCAACCCAUGACUUGACAGAUCUCAGCACAUUGAGAUCAUGGGUUAAUUUCCCCUGGGGACAGUCAAUGGAGUAUGAAAUUUAUAAAGCAGCAAACACUAUUAAGGGCUACAAUAAGGUGGGUCGCCUAAAAGCCGAGAAGUCCAUACCAGACAGAAUCUUACGUCAAGCAAAAGGCCUAGCAAUAAUCACAGUUGUAAAAGUGGGAGUGAUGGUUACCUACAAUAUUGGAACAGGCCUGGUAAUUUCUCGAAGACAAGACGGUUCAUGGUCGCCACCAUCAGCCAUAUCUUCGUUUGGCAUGGGAUGGGGAGCUCAGGCAGGAGGUGAAUUGACGGACUUCAUAAUUGUGCUGAGAACGAGGGAAGCUGUGAAGACAUUUUGUGGGAACGCUCAUCUUUCGUUUGGCGCUGGUGUGAGUGCAGCAGCUGGAGCAUUUGGCCGAGUUGUCGAAGCUGAUCUAAGAGCUGGAGAUGGUGGUUAUGCUGCUUGUUAUACCUACAGCUGUAGUAAAGGAGCCUUCGUGGGCUGCUCGCUUGAAAGCAGCAUGGUUACCACACGGACGAAAGAGAAUGCCAGGUUCUACGGUAGCCAAUCUUUAUCAACAUCAGACAUACUGCUCGGCCCUCUGCCCAGACCACCUGCUGCCGCCAUUCUCUAUCGCACGCUGGACGAUCUGUAUCAGAAGCUCACCGACUAA